AUGGAUAAAAAUCUUCACCUAUACUUAAAUGAAUUUUGUUUUCUUUUUAGAAACCCUCGUUCUUCUCCUCCAAAAACACGCGCCUUGUUCAGCUCCUUCUCUGCUUCACGCCACCACCACUUGCCGUCGCCCUUCUCCUUCGUCUUCACAUUUGCUCACCCCCAUUCACCGUCGCCCUUCUCCUUCGUCUUCUCACCUUCGCUCACCACUCACCAUGCCGCUCCUCAUCUUCUUCACCUUCGCUCACCACUCACCAUCGCCGCUCCUCAUCUUCGUCGCUCACCACUCACCGAGACAUUGAAGUUCUUCUCUCUCUCAAAGAAAAACCCUAGCCGCUGCUCUCUUUUUCAAGCUGUGUCGCCGCCGUCGAAUCUAGUCCAGCCGCCGUCCCUGCUGCUACUGCUCCAGCGUCGUUGCAACUUGUCUUUAUCAUUGCGUUGCGUCGCCUCUGUUCCACUGCCGUUGUUUGUCCCAGUUCCGAGCCUGUGCUCCACUGCUCCCUCUCCCUCAUCUUGGUUUGAGUUCUGUCCUGCAUCUGAGCCAUGCAAUUGCUGCAGCUGCAGUUGUCUUCCCUCCAUCAAUCAAAAUGGAGAAGGAGGAGGAGGAGCUAUUUUAGAUCAAAGUGCUAUAAAUGGAGGAGGAGGAGCUGUUUCAGUUGCUCUUGUCUUCAAUCAAAAUGUUGCCAAGAUAGAUAGCAAUGAGUAUAUUUGGUGGAAGGCUAAUGCUAGAGAGACAAAGGAAGAACUAAUUGAUAGAGAGCCUAAGUUCCUGAAUUAGUAUAUUUCUGUUUAAGAACACUUUUGUUGUUAAUUGUUUACAAUUAUAUAAACAAAAGUCUAUUAUAGAUGUGCUAAGAAAUAACUCUAUUCAUUUUGUAGAAACUAAUUUAAUUUUACUUAUUUUUUUUAUUUUAGUAUAAGAUGUAUGAGUAUUCAAAGU